UUUACGUCAAAUCAGUGAUUUAUCAUCAUAUUUUGCGUUAUAAACAUUGUAAGAAAACUAAUACGAAGUGUUUAAUAAAUCAACCCUACGCUACUUUCAUUAAUGAAAAGCGAUGGUUGCUAUUCUCGGUCCCGGUAGCUUUUGUAUUUCUAACAGUUAAUAAACAUUUGUGGGUGUGUUAAAUUGCGAUAUGACCAGUUGAAGUUUGCAAUGGAUACUAACAAAAUUAGCCCUUCCAAAAUUGGCCCAGUGAAUUUAGUUGCUGAGAAUGAGGAGCCCUACCCGAGUCUGUCGGACUAUCACGAUUAUGAACCGAACCUUGAAUUUGAUGAUUCAGAGUUACACCAAAGCCCUAAUGCUGUGGUUACUACAGCUGAAUUCAUACAAAUAGAAUCAAAUGGGAUGGGCUCACCAGUAUCAGAUUUUACUGAGGAUAAUUUUGAGGAAGAAUUGGCAGAAGCGAUUGAUGAAAAUUUUGAUAGCUUGAUGUUUCUGUCAUCAUAUCCCGCAGUGGGAGAGGCAACGGGACCCGAACAGUACUCAGAAAUUGCCAAAUAUGGUAUUGUGGAUGUAAAAGGUGAUGACUCAGUCGGUAGGAAAAUUAUUGUGGUUUAUGCUUGCAAAUUGCCACCAAUUAAGCAGAUCGAUCACACGUUAUUUCUAAGCUACCUUAAGUACACAUUAGAGAAUUAUGUAAAGCAAGAUUACAGCCUUAUAUACUUCCACUUUGGUCUCAACAGUAAAAAUAAACCAUCAUUAGGAUGGUUAGUACAAGCUUACAAAGCUUUUGACCGCAAUUACAAGAAGAAUUUGAAAGCCCUGUAUCUAGUCCAUCCUACCAGCUUCUUAAAGUUUGUGUCCCAAAUAUUCAGACCUCUUAUUAGUGCCAAGUUUGGCAAAAAGCUAAAUUAUAUCAAUUCCCUUAAAGAGUUGAAUGAUUUUGUGCCUGUUGAUAAAUUGGAUAUUCCAAGCGCUAUCAUCGAGCAUGACAAAAAGCUUGGGGGCACAUUGCAACCUUUACCGGUGGUAAAUAACCUUCUUGGACCCGUGUUGCCAACACAACAGUUUGGUGUAACUUUGCAAUUUAUUAGGGAUCAUUACAAUGUUUUAAUACCUCCAGUGGUUAGCCAGUGUGUGGAAUAUUUGGAUCAACCUGAUGCACUGGAAACUGAGGGUAUAUUCAGGAGAUCAGCGAAUGCCAACAAAGUAAGAUCUUUAAAGGAAAUUGCCAAUGCUGGACAGUCCUUGACCUUUGAAGACCCCCAUGAGGCGGCAGUUCUGCUAAAGAAGUUUCUAAGAGAUCUGAAAGAACCAUUAUUAACAUAUGAGCUUUACGAUGAAAUUGUGCAGUUUCAAAGUUGGAAUAAAGAUGAGCAGUUGAGGCAGGUUUCAAUACUAGUCAUGGAGAAAUUGCCCGAAGACAAUUAUAAGUUGCUUAAGUAUAUAAUCAGUUUCUUAUCAAGGGUAAUGGAACGGUCAGACCUUAAUAAAAUGAAUGCCCAAAAUUUGGCUGUAGUCUUUGGUCCAAAUUUGGUUUGGUCAGAGCUGGUUUCCAUGUCCCUGGCGGCAAUAGGGCCAAUUAACAUGUUCACUCAGUUUUUAUUGCAGCAUCACAACGAAAUAUUUAUGAUUUAGUUUUUCUAAGGCUGAUAGUUCUUUUGCAACAGGGGAAAUGUUUAAAAAUCUUGGGUUGUAGGCGACCAUAUACCGGGUGGCCAAUUAAGGACACUCGGCCUUGUUUUUAUAACUAAUUAUAUCUAUAUUUUAUUAUAUAAAUAAAAGAUUCAAGAGAAAAUGCUUUAAAAAUUUUUAAUUUCUAGAAUCGCAUUUUUGAAAUUUUUUUAGAAAUAUUAUAUUUGUGAAUUGUUUUUGCCCUCCCAUUUAAAAGAAAGGACGUUUUUGGAAAUAAAUAUCAAUAACUUUAGAAUGACUGAAUGUAUUUAUCAAACUUAGAGUUGUUGACUCUUUCUUGAUUGAUUUUAGUUUUUUUGCCUUCUGUAACACAAAAUUAUUUCUCAAAAACUGGGGUUUAAAAUUCAAGAAAGCAUGCAUUAUGCCCCCUAGCGGCUAUUCUGGAAAUUUAAAAAUACUUUCCAGCAUUUUCACUUAGCUGCUUUAGUUAUAAGUUUGUUCACCCCAAGUCUUUAAUUGGCCAUAUAUAUAACUCGGAAUGCAGGAGAGUAAAAUGUCGCAUUGUACAUAUGUAUACAUAUUAAAAUAGAAAUGUAGGAUUGUGAUUCUCUUUUUUUGUAGAAAAGCUUAUUGAAAUGUGAUUAUUUCAAAAGAAGUGUUGGUAGAUGUAUCCUUCAUUUUCAUCGUAAAGUUUCUAUUUCACGUUAAGCUAUACAGGGUUAUUAAAUGCAUAUUAAUUCAAAAUUAAUCGCAUAUAUUAGUUGCU